GAACAAUUUAUUGGUCUUCUUAUUUUUACGAAGGAAACUUUUCGAACGACAGGGAAAAGUCUCCCUCCUGAAUAUCAAAAUUUUCUUUCCUUAAUUUCAAAAUUUAAUUUUUACACCGCGCCACAAGCUGCCGUCAAUUUUGCUGCUGAGAAUUCUUUUUUCCCUCAUUGUUCCACAGAAAAACCUUACAUUCUUCCAUUCCAAAGAAAGAUCUGAUGGAAAACACGUCUGGCUCAGAGAUUCCCAAUUCACGUCACUCGCUUUCCCUCCCCACUGAGCCUCCUGAUAUAAGAAAUUGGUUUCCUAGCUACAAGUAUGAAACUUUUGUACUGGAUACUUAUGAUGCUUUUGGAGGUUCUGCGCUUGAAGAAAGUGAAAACGAGGGAGACGUGUUUGCUCUCUUUGAAGAGAGAAAUAGAGAAAAAGCAGGGAAUUUGAGUGAAUCCACAAGAAACAGUGGAAGCGACAAUAAACUUGAAGUUCAGUCUUUAAGUAGGAUGGCAGAUUCUACUUGUGCGCUGUCGCUCCUUUCUGAGCCUCCUCACAUCGGAAAUUGGUAUUCCAGUUAUAUGUAUGAAUCUCCUGUGCUGGAAACUACAGUUGAUGAUUAUAAAGAAUCAGCAACUAAAGAAAGUGAAAGUGAGAAAGAAGGAUUCGAUUAUGAGGGAAGUAAAAGAAAAAGAGAAGACAAUUUUGAUAAGUCUAAGAAUUCAUUUGAAGAUACCGAAGUAGACAAACCUUCAAAUGAGAUUACAGAUUCUUCACAGUCAUCUCCAAUUCUUUCUGAGGUACCAGACAUUAAAAAAUGGUUCUUUAGCCAUGUGUAUGAAUCUCCAGAAACCGAUGGAUUUGUUGACACAGAAACUGAAUGUAAGGAAGAUGACUCUGUUAAUCAACAAAGCAAUAAAGAGAAAGAAAGGAAUUUGUUGAAACUUGGACAAGCCAAAAUUACUGAUGAAGUGGCUAUUGAUGAGAAAGUAACCUCAAUUGGAUUUUUGAAGUUCAACAGCUCUUUAAGAGUCAAUAAGCAGGAAAACCAAUCUCUAAGUGAGGGCAUUAGAGUUUCAGUCAAUGGGAACUUAUCCACUCAGGAUAACCUGUGCUGUGAUAGUAGUCAGAGAUUUGCAGAGAACUUGAAAAAUAAGGCUCGAACUGAAGAACAUAUUCUAUCACCUGCAAGUAAUGUGAGUAUUGUUCAAACUCCUGUUGAUUUAAUAAGAAAAUCAAGUCAUGGAAGCAUUGGCAAAGAGAAUGAAGGUAAAGAAGUUCUUGAAAAUGGUUUUGUGACAACAAAGAAGAACAGACAGAUAAGGAAUGAUGAGAAUUAUUUGUACAAGCCAAAAAAGAAUGUAUCACAAUGUGCAAGAAAUGAAAGAAUAACUUCAUCAGGAUGUGGAAAUGAAGCCGCAGGAAGAAAGGUUUUGACAGAAAGAACUAAUUUGGAAAAUACUAAUGCCAUUGAAGUUACUGGGAAAUGGAAGUGUCCCCAGAAGACAAAGCCAAAUGUUGGACCUCCUUUAAAGCAGCUUCGACUUGAAAGAUGGAUUCAUAGGGUGUAAAAGCUUCAGCUAGAAAAAUUUUCCAGGAAAAUCCUGUUCAAUGUACUGCUAAUUUCAACUGAGAGUUUUGCUUAGUACUUAACCUUAGAUAGAUUUGCCUUGAUAUACAUUUCGGUCUCUUUUGUUUCAAUCAAAAGUGGCAAUUAUAGUCUUUA